CAUCACCCGCAUCGUCAUCGUCCUCAUCAUCAUACCACUUUGGCUUCACAAGACCGACACUCGUUCUCGCCGCCUCCGAUAGCUCUUCCCAAGCCGACCCUUUGCAGUACUCGAUCUCCCAAGAAAGGCAAGCAAUCACAUUCGCAGUGCAACCAUACAUACGCACAUUGACCUUCGUAUAAACUCCAAUAGACAGUCCAGGUUCGUCUUCGCAGAUAUACUUCAUCCGAGCAUUCCAUACACACACCCAUCCAUCCAUACAUACAGCCUCGCCAUGAUCCAAUUCGGGUUUUCGUCCUUCUCUUUCCUUUCCCCUUUUUCCCCGAGGGGUAUUGUAGCUGUCCACGUCACAUACAAACGUACGCACGCAGCAAGAAAGAGCGCAUCCUGUCCCCAUCUUUUCUGGACUCUGAUUUCAGAAUGCAGACUUCAACGAGAUACAUACAGUAGACCUGAUGCAACCGUCGUACGGAGGACAAGGUCUGCUCGUCUGCCACGGUCAUGUGCGUAUGUCUGCGGCGUACGCGACGAGGAGCGCGUUCACCACACCAUGAAUCAGUAUAGGCGAGGGAGCAUCCGUUACCCGUUACUCUUCAUUAUACGGUAUACAAAGCAGGUGAUCUACUCAGCACCGAUAUUCUUGUCACCAGUGAAUCAGUCAUUCCAUCCCCAACUUCCAGCCCCAUAUAUGCCGUACUCCACUCGUUGCGAUCUACGGUUUACCAUGAGUCCACAAUGCAACGAUUCUUGUUUGUUUGUCAGACUACUUUUUUCCAUCCCCUUUGACCUUUGGAGUGUCUGUAUACGUGCAUACUCGUAUCUUACAUGCCACAGCAAGCCACAGUCCAGACACAGCCCACAGGACGUAGAAAGGCGCGUCUCGACGUCGACAUUCGAGACAAGUCAGCCGGUAAAGCUGCAACGAGCUAAUGACGUCGUGCUUGCGCAGUGAGCGCAGGGAGUGUGUGCAGUGUGCACUGUGCAGGACUCAUCGAUGAAUUAUGGAUACGAAAGGUCAUCUUCAGUCCGUCGGGUCACGCACAAUGCAC